AUGGUGCACCAGGUCGUCAUCUCUUUUAAGAUCAACAGACAGCGAAAGAAACUAUGCUUCUGGGUUGAUGCUAUCGAGAAUGUCGAACUUCGAUCAAGCUGUGCUAUCGAGUGA